UUUCACAAUUUGUCAAAAAGUCAAAAAGUGACAGUACCGUAACAUUUCGACGCGGUGUUUACAGCAGCCAAAACAAAUAAUUACAAAAAAGUUUUUUUUUAUUAGUUUCUACCACAAUUAAAAUCUUUAAAAAUGGAUCCGGACGUUAAAUCAAAAAUUGAUCAAUCGUACCAAACCGCCGAUGAGUUCACCAAAGUGUAUUACGACAGUGUUGAUAAGAAGAGACAUCAAAUGUCCCGAUUAUACUUGGACAAUGGUUUACUGGUUUGGAAUGGUAAUGAGUCGUCCGGCAAAGAAAAUAUACAAAAAUAUUUUCUUGACUUACCGACAUCCAUUCACAAUGUAAUAACGUUGGACACCCAGCCGAUAAUCGACGAAUCUACCACAUACGCCCCGACAUUUAUAAUCCAAGUUUCUGGCAGCGUUAAGUUCCAGGACAAUGCACCGAAACCAUUUCAGCAAUCAUUUAUGAUAACGGCACAGGGCGAUAAAUGGAAAAUUGCCACAGACUGUUUUCGGUUACAAGAUGCGUUGAAUUUAGUGGAAAAGAAAUAAAAUUUUGUUGAACAGACAAAUGCUGAGACAAAGAAUUU